AUGUCCCAAUACGCAACCUCAAAUAUUUUCGUCAUCGGCGGCACGGGCGCUCAGGGCAUCCCGGUCAUCCGAGGUCUUGUCUCUGACGAGAAAUAUCACUGCAAGAUCCUUACUCGCGACCUUGGUUCCUCUCGCGUUAAAGAACUGAGUACUCUGCCCAAUGUAUCCUUCAUGGAGGGCACUUUCGCCGACGAGUCAACUCUUCGCGCAGGCUUCCAAAGUUGCGAUGGGGCGUUUGUUAAUCUAGACGGGUUCAAUACCGGAGAGAAAGGAGAAACAUAUUGGGCCAUUCGCUGUUAUGAACUGGCACUGGAGUGCGGUAUCAAAUUCUUCGUCUACGGAAACCUCGACUACGUCUACAAAAAGUCGGGCUAUGAUCCAAGGUUCCGCACUGGCCACUACGAUGGUAAGGGCCGGAUGGGCGAGUGGAUUCUACAACAGACGAAGGAUAACGGGCACAGGAUGGGCGCGGCCCUGUUCACCACAGGCCCAUACAUGGAAAUGACCAUUGCAACGGGCACCCCCAUGACCCCGACAGUUGAGGAUGGAAUCGUCACGUGGCGCGUGCCACUAGGUGCUGGGGCGGUGGUGCACGUUUCGCUGGAGGACUGCGCAUAUUAUGCUCGAUGGCUGUUCGAUCAUGCUGAUCGUGCAAAUGGGAUGGACCUUGAGGUAGCCAUUGCGCACAUUGGAUACGACGAAAUGGCGGAAGCCUUUGAAAAAGUGACCGGCCACCCAGCCCGGUUCAUUGACACUGAUUUGGACACGUACUUUGAAUCGGGCCCACUGAGCAAAAUCUCCGAAGCGUCCGCAGGAUAUAGCGCUGAUCCGAGCGACAAGUCGACAAUGACCACGAGACAGAACUUCACAGGCUUUUGGAAUAUGUGGAAGUUCUCGGGCAAUAAUCUCGGGGUGGUGCGCAGGGAUUAUGCGCUUUUGGAUGAGAUUUUCCCCGGCCGGAUUAGGACUGCUGAGCAGUGGUUUAGGAAGGAAGACCAAAGAGGAAGAGACCAGGGGUUGGGAGGACUAUGGGAGAGGGUCCAGGCAAGCAAUCUCAGGCCUAUACUCAAGAUUGCAGAGGAUGGAAGACGCGGUCGUCUCUGA